AACGCUGUCGUUUUCUUAGACUUUUUUUCUUUCUUCCCUUUACUCGUUUCUCUAACAAUCGAAAUUCUUAAAACGCCAUACUUUUUUUUUUAUUCUUCUCUCUCAAGUUUCAUUUUCAAACCGGUCUCUGUGAUUCUAAACGCCGUCGUUUUUUUUAUGACUGGCUUUUCCGGCGAUUCUUUAAACGGCGUCGUUUCUCUCUGAGGUUUUGUUGUUAAAAGGCUAAAACCGGUAAGUGUUUGGCUAUGUAGGAAAAGAGAAGAUUCGGCAUUGGCGGCGAGCUUUUGGAUACUGAGAUUAUUAAAUUUUGAAUUUGGAGCUGUUACUGAGGAGGAGAAAUGAGUACUCAACUUUUGGAUAUUCAACCCAAGGAACUCAAAUUUAUAUUUGAAUUGAAGAAGCAUAGCUCAUGUUCAGUUCGACUUGCCAAUAACACCCACCACCAUGUUGCUUUUAAGGUAAAAACUACAUCUCCUAAGAAGUACUGUGUGCGACCAAAUGUAGGCGUUAUUUCUCCGAAAUCAACUUGCGAGUUUACAGUUACAAUGCAAGCUCAACGGACAGCUCCGCCUGAUAUGGUGUGCAAAGACAAGUUUUUGAUCCAAAGCACUAUUGUUCCUGCUGGAACAAUUGAUGAGGACAUUACACCUAGCAUGUUUGCCAAGGAUGGCAGCAAGUACAUUGAAGAGAACAAGUUGAGAGUGACCCUCAUUAGCCCGCCCAGUUCACCAGAACUGUCACCAAUUAGUGGACUACGGAAACAGGGGCUAGCUCAUGAAGUUUCAAAAUUGAAAAAAAGUCAAGAAUUGGGUAGAGUGGAAACGCAGCCAACGGUUGCUAAGGAUACAGAUGAGUCCAAAUUGUUUAACGAAAAGGUGCUGAAUCUAGCUGAGGAUAUGGAGUUGAAAACAGUGAAGGAUACAGAACUGAAGCCAGCAAAGGAUGCAGAACUGAAGCCAGCAGAGGAUGCAGUACUGAAGCCAGUAAAGCAUGCAGAACUUAAGCCAGUAGAGGAUUCAGUUCUGAAGCCAGUAAAGGAUGCAGAACUUAAGCUAGCAAAGAACACUGAACUGAAGCAUGCAAAGAAUACAGAAUUGGAGCCAGCAAAUAAUGCAGAAAUGGAACCAGCAAAGGAUGCUGAGCUGAACCUAUCAAAGGAUGCAGAAUUGGAGCCCGAAAAGGAUGCAGAAUUGGAGCCAGAAAAUGAUGCAAAAUUGGAGCCAGCAGAGGAUGUGGAGUUGAAAUCAGCAAAGAAUGUUGACAAGUUAAAUUUAGUUAAAGAUAUCGAGGAGAUGAAGACAAAACUAAAUGGUCUUGAAUCAAAGCUAAAGGAGGCUGAAGUUACCAUUUCAAAGCUAACAGAGGAGAAGAGUUCAAGCAUUCAAGAUAUAAGAGUCUUCCAGGAGAAACUUGCAGAGUUGAGCAAAAGAGGAGUGAGAAGAGUUCAAGUCGGAUUUCCUCUUCUAUUUGUUUGUAUGGUGGCCAUUGUCAGUGUUGAGCUUGGAUACCUUUUACACCGUUGAACACCUUACAAAGCAUUAACACUUAAUGAUUAAUUCCUAGCUAGUUACAGAUAGAGGUAUAAGAAUCUCUCUCCCCUCAUUAUAAAUGUGCAGAGGUAUUUUAUAGUCAGUAUGUUCUUUCUGGCCAAUUUCCUUGGAAUGGAAUAUAAGUGUGCUGUGAGUAUACCGGAUUUUUUUUUUUAUAAGAGAGAAGUGGGAAGGGAGGGGAUGUGUGUAAAUGAGCUCCGUAUACAUAUGCUGAUGAAGUACAUGAUUUCCAUAUGCUCUUGAUUUAACCAAAAUAUGGAAAAUUGGAAACUUGUUUGGUAUCAUUA